CGGGUUUCAUGGCUAUAAAAUGAUUGGAACGGCCGCACAGUUUGGUAUCACACCUUUCGGUUCUGGAUUACAGCUGAACAAGUUCUGCUUACUUCCUGCACUGUGCCUUUGUAAUUAGCGAUUACCUUACGGACGGAGUAUCACUUAUACAGAACCACUUAAUUUUUCCAAAAUGGCAUCAGUGCUGACAGCGGCCGCCUUGUUCACCUUAGUGUGCUCCGCCUUUGGUCAGGGGACGUACGGCUCGUACUCUUCACCACCUGCGUACUCUUCACCACCCGCGUACUCUGCACCACCCGCGUACUCUGCACCACCCGCGUACUCUUCACCACCCGCGUACGGUGGCUACAGUUCCUCCUACACUGCCCCGUCAUCGUACUCGUCCUACUCGCCGGCGCCCUACGCUGCCCCAGCCUACCAACCGGCGUCGUACUCCCCGUCCUACACUGCCCCGGCGUCGUACUCUUCCUACUCACCGGCACCCUACGCUGCUCCGGCCUACCAACCGUCGUCGUAUCAGUCCUAUACUCCGUCCUACACUCCCCCAGCGUACACUGCCCCGGCCUACUCCUCGUACUCUUCGUACUCCACCUACACCGCGCCAGCCUACAAAGCCCCAGCCUACCAGCAACCAGCUUCCUACGGAUACCAGCAACCGGCUUCUUACGGAUAUCAGCAGCCAGCGUCUUACGGAUAUCAGCAGCCGGGUUCUUACGGAUAUCAGCAACCCGCUUCUUACGGAUACCAGCAACCGGCUAGCUAUGGAUACAACAAACCGGCAUACAGCUCCUACAGCGCUCCUACCUCGUACAGCUCCUACAGCGCUCCUGCUUCUUACAGCUCCUACAGCGCCCCUGCUCCUUACAGCCCAGCUCCUUAUGCCGCUCCUGCUUACAAUACUCCUUCUUACUCCGCCCCGGCGACUUACAGCAGCGGCUACUAGAUACGAAUGGACCUUUUUAGUGGCAUCGAUGUGAAAUGGAUUGCCAGGCCUAUUAAUAACAGUUAGCACUAACACACCGAAUUUUUACUGCCGUUUUGUGUGCUUUAUCCUAAAUGCUUUUAUAAUUGGCUGAAAUGGCUUUUAGAAAAUUUAAACAGCUUGCUGUGCUGCGGCUUUUUUAUACAAAUGGUACGUGGUGGUGAAAACUAUUAAAAAAAGAA